AUGGCCCCCGCCCGCCGCCUCCUCCUCCUCCUCCUCCUCCUGGUGGCCCUGCAUGCCAGGGCUGCCCAGGCUGCUCCGUGGCGAGCGCGGGGAGCAGAUGAGGGUGGUGGCAAUGGUUAUCCAGCUUCCCGGCUGGAUGUUGGUUUGGAGCCCUUGGGGCAUCCUGGAGGUCCUCUCAUGGCCGACGGCUUCCCGACUGCUUGGCCCAUUCCUGUCCCCGAGCCUGAGAGCAAUCCCGCGGCCGUGCCUGUCGGCGAAGGUGAUCCAGCUUCCCAGCUGGGUUCCAGGCCUGAGCCUCCGGGAGAUGACAUGGAUGUGCCCGUAGGGAGGACUCUUCCAGCUCCUUGGCUGGAUCCUGCACUAGAGCCUGGCUGGCAUCCCAGGGGUCCCCCAAGAGCAAAGGACCACAGUAAAAGAGGAAAAAAGUCCCCGGAGGCAUCUGAAAUCCUAAAGCAAAUUCUGGAGCAACUGGAGAAAGGACACGGUGGGUCUAUUUCACUCUGCCUUAGCCGUCAGACUCGGCAACCGGAGGUUCUAGAUGCACGUCUGGACACGCUGCAGCCUGCACAGCGGGAAGGGAUCGAUCAGAGCCUCGCAGCAGCGACGCUGGGUUUCACGCCUUGCAGGCGGGGGGGAGCCACAGAGAUGGUGCAGAGCCUCUGCUGCCAGUUGUGGUUCAAGCCGAGUGCCGGGGGCAGCUGCUGCCCCCGUGUUACCAAGACGGACCGAGAGGCGGUGCAGAAGGAGGCGUUUUGGGAAGGGAGCCGUGGCUCCCUGCCAGGCUCUGCCAGCCACCAGCACGCCAGAUCUCUCUGUAAGGCCUCUCUACCCUUGCUACCUGAAAGCAGUGGUCAUACCUGCAAGUGUGCCCGGCUAGAAGAACUCUUCAAACAAGUACCUAUGUUACAAGAGGAGCUCAACAGGCAGCACAAUAUCCGGGAAUGUGAGAAGGAGAUCGAUAUGUGGUAUUGUGCACUGACCCAGGCUGAAUGA